AUGGAAACAAGCCUUCAAAAUCAUAACCUUUCUUCAUGGACUCUUUAUUCUGUUAAUGCCACCAACAUUUCCACUGACAAAAGCCCUUGUUCUUGGUACGGAGUUCAUUGUAACCAUGCUGGAAGUGUCAAUAGUAUUAACAUCACAGGUGUAAGUUUGAAAGGUACACUUCAGAAUUUCUCCUUCUCACAGUUUCCCCACCUUGCUUGUCUUAUUCUCUCAAACAAUGAGCUUUUUGGCACCAUCCCACCUCAUAUAGGUAACCUCUCAAAGCUCAAGUACCUUGAUUUGUCGAGUAAUCAGUUUUCCCGCAAAAUACCAUCAGAAAUUAGCCUCCUGACCAAUCUAAAUUUCCUUUACUUCUCUGAGAAUCAGUUAAGUGGAUCAAUCCCGGAAGAAUUUGGUUUACUCACUGAACGUGGCUACCUUGAUUUGUCUGCAAACAGAUUGAGCAAGACAAUCCCAAAAAAUCUUGGCGACUUGUUGAAAUUGUACUACUUGAAUCUAGGUAACAAUCAAAUUAGCGAAGAAAUUCCAGUUGAAUUGGGGAAGUUAGGUCAAUUGUUAGAGCUAGAUUUGAGUCAAAACUUGCUCCAAAGAGAGAUACUGUCUGAAAUAUGCAGUUUGAAAAGCUUGGAAAAGCUUAAUCUUUCCCACAAUAGAUUUUCUGGUUUAAUUCCAAGUUGUUUUGAAAAGAUGAAUGGUUUGUCAAGCAUUGACAUAUCUUACAAUGAGUUGCGAGAUUCAAUUCCAAACAGCAAAGCAUUUAAAAAUGGUCCCAUUGAAGCAUUGCAAGGGAAUCAAGGUUUGUGUGAUGAUGCUAUAGGAUUACCAUCUUGA